AUAAUCUUUAACUAAUUUUAUAUUAGUCUGGGUUAUCUUUUAAAGCAGUGCAAAGGCAAGAGGCAGGAGUAAAAGGGCCGUGUGAAGAUGGAAGCCUCCUCAAGAAUGUUACUACUGUCUCCAGUAUCGGCCUCCAAAAUUCGCUUCAAUGAUUCACUCAGAAGGCCUAACAAGUUAGUAUCGACGAAGAUAGUGAGUAUGGCAAAGGAUAGCAGCGACAGCAGCAGCAACAACAACGGAAUCGUGGAGAAAGCAGCCAUAGUUGGAGGUUUAAUCUCAACCCCAGUGAUAGGGUGGUCCCUCUACACACUGAAGACCACCGGGUGCGGCCUCCCUCCUGGUCCAGGUGGCUCUAUUGGCGCACUUGAAGGCGUAAGCUAUCUUGUUGUUGUGGGAAUAGUGGGUUGGUCUUUGUACACUAAGGCCAAGACCGGUUCUGGUCUUCCCAAUGGUCCUUUUGGGCUGUUGGGUGCUGUUGAGGGCUUCUCCUAUUUGUCACUUGUUGCCAUUCUUCUUGUCUUUGGUUUACAGUACCUUGACCAAGGUUACAUCCCUGGUCCUCUCCCUGCUGAUCAGUGCUUUGGCUAGCUUACCUUCCUUUCAUUCUCUUUCUUUCAAGAUAAUAAUAAUAAUGUUAUAUUGGUGGCCACUACUAUUCUAUCUUAGCAUUUGUGGAUGUGGUCGCUCCAUGUAUCUCAUUUUCCUACACCUUUCUCUGUUUUUCAAUUCGUAUUCUACUAUUGUUGAUAUUGUACCUCCCAAUUUGAUGAGACUAUUUCAACUGAUUUAAUUUUA